AUGAAUGAACGAAAGCAAAGAUUUGCUUUGGACCAUUGGCCGGUGGAAUUGAUUCUGAUGAUAUUUCAAUACUUAUCCGGACGAGAUAUAUUCUUCUCAUUUUACAACACAAGUAUUUAUUUGAAUAAUAUUUUAAAGUCUUAUCCGAAGUAUUCUUUGAACUUUAUCGAUAUAACAAAAGAAAAAUUUCAACAAAUUCUCUCGUUUAUCAAUCUGAAUCAAAUUGUUUCGUUGACUUUAUCCAAUGGAGAAUUAACCGGUGGACAAUUCAAUUAUUUUCUUACAAAUUAUUCAUCUUCCUUUCAUUUAUUUUCGAAUCUUUGCUCUCUCACUCUUCAUUCAAUCAAAUUCACUAAUCACGAAUAUUACCAAUUCAUUCAAGCUUUAAAACAAUGGCGAACGCUGCGUGUUUUACAUUUGAUACAAAUCAGUUUAGCUGAUGUUGACGAUCGAUUUACCACUGCUUUCAAUCAGCUUGAUCAACGAUGUGUCGUUCGACUUGAUCAUUGUGAACAACUGAACAUUAUCCCGCUGGCAACAAGAUUGAAGUCUUGGAGAUCAAGUUGUUUAUACGAUAUAGAUAAUAGUUUUUAUCAUCAACAAUGGCCUUGUCUGCGUCUAGUAAAGCUGACAAAUCUCUGGCGAACAUCGAUCAAUCAUCUGUUUGAUUUAACUCCCGAUUUACAUUCGUUAACUGUCGAAUGCGAAAUAGAUAAGCAUACGAUUGCACCUAAUUUUCGACUUGUUCGUAAUUUGAGACAACUGAUAUUUUCGUGCCAAAACUUAAUAUUCGAUUCGUUUGUCAAAUCAACUGGCCUCGAUCUUUUGUCGAAAUUGAACCAUUUAGAAAUUCGAUGUAAUGCGACCACGGAUGAAAAUAUUCUCAGUGGUUACCAUUGGGAAACAUUCCUCGUGAAAUCGUAUCCUAAUCUGAGAAAAUUCGAUUUCUACUUUAAAUAUCACCAACAACGUGAUUUAUGUUUGGACACAUUCCGCACACGUUUUUGGCUUGAAGAAAAACAAUGGUUUGUGGCAUCAAGUCAUUGUCCUUACUCGCAUAACCUUGAACUUUUUACUGUACCACGUUUUAAUGUUACAAUGAAAACAUCACGCUCGAUUCUCGAUACAACAUCACUGUCAUUCGACUAUCUCAAUUCGAAUAUUCAUAAUUUGGAUUACGGAAGUUUAGUCGAUAAAAAUAACAAUGAUAGCCACUCAGAAUUGAUGAAUCAUCGUUAUGUAAAUGUCGAAAUCUUGGAAUUUGCUGUUCAAAAUAGAUUCGAUAAUGUUGCUUGUCUAGUCACUCGAUUGAAUAGUUUAAUCAAUUUGAAUUCAAUUAAAGUCGUCAAAUUCGAUGUUUUACGUGGUUGGAUUGUCAAUUAUCAGCAAAUCUUUGAUUUACUCGAUCAUAUGCCGAAUCUUACGAAGGUUAUUCUGGAUACUUGGCCGAAGAUAGAUUCCUGGUUGCAAAUCAAGAAACACAACUCACGUGUAACUUACAUCGAAUUGCCAUCGAUUCAUAAAGUGCACGAUAAUCGAUUACCGUGUGGUUUGAAACCGAUAUUUACACAUUUGUUUCCUUCGAUCGAACAUGUCUACAUCCGUGUUCAUCAUCCUGAAUUAUGUUAUCAAUUCGAUCGAUAUUCCUUACCAUGGAGGCGUUUGUCAAGUCUGCAGAUAAAGUAUUUCUUCUGUUCUGAUUUGAACGAAGAUCAAGACGAAGAGCAACGAUAUAAACAAUGGAAAGAAAUCUUACUUGAAGAGAUUCUACCUCAACAAGCACAGCGAAAGUUUACGUAUACAGAUGUGGAUAACAAACUUUGCUUGUGGUUCGGCGAGAAGAUAAACAUCGAGAAUAAAGACCGAAUUGAAGAAAUGCCUAGAGGAAAAAUGCAGAAGAAAACGGUUAGUUGCUGUUCGUAUAGGGGCUGUUCAUUGUCAUAG